GCUAAAAAAGUAGAAAGCCAAACUGGGGUAAUGGUUUCCCAUGACACAAUACAACGUACACUGCAGAGGAAUGGCAUGCAUGGGUGUUGUCCACAAAGAAAGCCUCUCCUAAAGCCCAUGCACAAAAAAGCCUGCCUAGAAUUUGCCAGGGCCAAUGCUGAAAAAGAAGACUACUAAGACUCUGGAGUGAUGAGACCAAGAUAAAUGUUUUUGGAACUGAUGGCUUCAAAACUUUAUGGUGUCGCAAAGUGAAGAGUACAAAGAAAAAUGCAUUGUGCCUACAGUGAAACAUGGU